AUGAUUCUCAUUCUUUUAUUCCUCUUCUUUGCUCCAGCUUCUACUUUAUACCAGUCGUAUGGAGUACAUGGACAAUUUUCAUGUGGAGAGAGUCCUGCAAAGGGUAUUACUGUGAAGUUGUACGAUUUGGAUAGGUACUCCCAUGAGAAUGACUUGUUGGAUGAAGGGGUGACGAAUGGGUUUGGAAAUAUCACGCUGUCUGGAGGAACUGCAGAAUUGACUAGAAUUGAGCCAAUGUUGGAAGUGAUUCAUGAUUGCAACGAUGGAGGAAAAGCACAAGUCUACUGGCCAUCCCAAUACAAACGGAGCCACCAACCAGCUGCAGCUGCCUCCGAAGGCGAGAUGUUCGCAUUUCCAGGACUCCGUGGGUUGCGAGGAAAGAGGGAUCCAGACUACAACAAACGUGUUCCAAUGAUGUCGUUGAAAGGAUUGCGGGGAAAACGCGCUCGCUUCUUCGCUGGAGAAGACGAGCAGUAA